AUGACUAUCAUUAUAAUCUCUCUUAGUUACAGCGCUCUGUCUCUGUCUCUUCUACUCCAUUUCCCUUUCCCUCUCUUCUUCCCUCUCUUCUACCCUCUCUCCCUCUCUUCUACCCUCUCUCCCUCUCUUCUACCCUCUCUCCCUCUCUUCUACCCUCUCUCCCUCUCUUCUACCCUCUCUUCCACCCUCUCUUCCUCUCUCCUACCCUCUCUUCCCCUCUCUUCUACCCUCUCUUCUACCCUCUCUCUCCCCUCUCUUUCCCUCCCUCCCACGACCCUCUCUCUCUCUCUCUUCCCCCCCUCUCCUCUCUUUCCAUCCCUCCCACGAGCCUCUCUCUCUUUUCCCUCCCUCCCACGAGCCUCUCUCUCUCUUUCCCUCCCUCCCACGAGCCUCUCUCUCUCUUUCCAUCCCUCCCACGAGCCUCUCUCUCUCUUUUCCCUCCCUCCCACGAGCCUCUCUCUCUCUCUCCCCUCCCUCCCACGAGCCUCUCUCUCUUUCCCUCCCUCCCACGAGCCUCUCUCUCUCUCUCAUACUCCCCUUUUACCUACUUUCUUCCAUUUCACUUCUACUUCUCUCUUACUCUCAUUUCCAGUCUGCAGUUUCUCUCUUUUCUACUUUCCUGUUCUUUCCCUACUACAAUAUUGCUCCAUCAUUCAGUUUCUCUCCCCCUCCCUCACUCCUCCUCUUAACCGAAAAAUACAUUUCUCUCUCUCUUUCCCCUCUCUCUCUCUCUUUCCCCUCUCUCUCUCCCUUCUCUCCCCCCUCUCUCUCUCUUUCUCUCUCUUUCCCUCUCUCUCUCUCUCUUUCCCUCUCUCUCUCUCUUUCCCUCUCUCUCUCUCCCCCCCUCUCUCUCUCUUUCCCCUCUCUCUCUCUCUUCCCCCUUUCUCUCCCUCUCUUUCCCUUUCUUUCUCCCUUUCUCUUUCCCUUUCCCUCUCCUCUCUCCCUCUUUCCCUUUCUCUCUCCCUCUCUUUCCCUUUCUCUCUCCCUCUCUUUUCUCUUUCUUUCUCCCUCUCUUUUCUCUUUCUUUCUCCCUCUUAUUAUUUUAGAAGUUGA